AUGAGCAAGGCGAUGUUCACACUGCAUCCCGGGGGGACGUCCAACUGCGCAGUAGCUGGAGGCAGGUCUCGCAUCCACACUACGUUCGCUGACGGCGUAGAGAUGGUCGAGGAGUAUACUGCCGACAGUCGGCCGCAAAUCUUAGUUCGCCGGUGGAAGGCACCCACAACACUCGGAGGAGAUGGCAAAUGGGAAUUUGAAGUUGGCGAACCUACCGUCGACACAGUCGUGGAGAAAGACAUUGGCAUUAUCCCCAGCGGCACGAACCCCAUCUUUCUCUGCCGCGAAUCCACCGAAGUGUGGGAAUGGCGCGUGCGCAAUCUGCCAUACCCCAAGGACACAUACCUGAUUACGAUCGACGAAAGCUCCCAGGAGCUCAUCAUCCGAACCACCAACAAGAAGUACUUCAAGCGCUUCCGCAUUCCUGCGAUGGCCCGCGCCAACCUUCCAUUAGACCGAAGCGCCUUGUCCCAUUCGCACAGCAACAACACCCUCGUGAUCCAAUACGAUAAACCCGACGCCGUUCUCGAAGCAGAACAGACAUCCCUCGCCGAACGACUUCAAGGAACCAAGCGGGACGGCGGCGAUCCUCAAUGCCGCCAACAAUAG